UUUCAUAGUGUGUCUUCUCGUAUAUCUCAACUUGCAUUAUCUCUUUUCUUUGCCGAGAAGGGUCUUCCUACGGCUGGGACCCGAUCUAGAUUGCACCGAGCUUUAGGCCCUUGGCUUCUUCUUUCCGCUGUUCGCGGCCCACCCCCACUUAGAUACGUCGGUCUCCCUCAGAACCCUGCAUACAGUCUGCCGCUUUAUCGCCAACCCCGAUUGCACACCAUAGCCACUAUCUCUCAAAGAGAAAAUGCUCGGCGAAGGCCCUGAGGAUACUUCUCGGCCGUACAUCCCGGGGUCACUGGAUGAGGAAGAGGCUCGAUCCGUCGAUGCCGACACUGCCGAUCAGCCUCAAGAUGAGGAAGCCGCGCUCCGAUAUCUCCCCGUCUGGCUACGGGAGUCAUCUAAGUCUUUUCGCUGGGGCUGGGUACCACUACCACUGCGGAAAUUCGGUCGAGCCACCGCGGAAUGGGUCAAGGGUCCGAAUCCCCCGCAGUCACUGCUUCUGAAGCCAUUGUUCCCGCGCAUUCAAGAACUUCCGGUUCGCUAUUUUGAGCGCUUCUUCCCCAAACGCAAACAGAAGAUCGCGCUCCUGCUGUUGCUGUACGCCGUCUGGCUUCUGCCGUGGAGCUUGGUGCUAUGGCACUCUCGGCAAGCAGGGUACAUCGAGGGCUAUGGGCGACCCCAGACACUCUCUUGUCGGACAAGUUUCUGGGCGCACGGGAACGAAUGCGGUUUGAAUGGAAACGACUGUCGCCCAUUCUCGGAGUCCACUAUCGCCUUUCGCUGUCCUGCUAACUGUCGCGACGCCAAAUUGCUAGAGCCCCAUAUGGUUGGAAAUGAGACCUAUAGCUAUCGGGGCCUAGUUGUGGGUGGACCGGAGCCGGGUUCGGAUGAGCCCGGUAUCUAUCGAGCAGACAGUUACGUCUGCCAGGCGGCCAUUCAUGCAGGAGUCAUCACGAAUACCGUUGGUGGCUGUGGUGUCGUAAGGUUGGAAGGUGCUGCGCACUCGUUCCCGCCGUCACAGCAGAACGGAAUUCGCUCGGUCGGAUUUCCAUCUACUUUCCCCAAGUCGUUCAGCUUCGUGGAGCUGUCUUCGUCGCAGGCGACGUGCCCCCAGGAUCCUCGGUGGCCCCUGCUCGGCAUAACUAUCGGUGUCUUGAGCGUGCUUUGGCUCUUCUGCACCUCUCCGCCGGUGCUUUUCUUCAGCACCUUCUUCAUGGUGUUCUGCCAAGUCGGUCUGGUCUCGGAUCCGCCUUCUUUCACCCAGUUUGCCGACCUACUCUCGAGUCUGCUCUCACGAUUGCUACCGGCCUCGUUCGUGGCCUUCGUCCUAUAUAAGUACUGCGCUCGACCGCUGCUGGCUCCGCUAUCAGAGCCUGUCUACCAGUUCACGAAGACGCUACUUUACUUGCCACCUGCAUUCAUCGGCGGUCUCAACAACUAUACUUUUGCGAGGCUGAUUCCCUUGGAGAGAUUAACACCUCACGACAUCCAAAAACAGCCCGGAGCCAAAGUAGCGCUGGCGCUCGUCAUUCCGACCGUGAUCUGUAUCAUUCUGACACAAGCUUGGCAAAUCCGCAUGGGCGGCUUAAUGCCGCGAUACCUCAAGAUCUAUUGUACAAUGGGCCUCAUUCUUCUAAUUUUGCUCCCUUUGCCGGGCCUACGCUUGCGCAUUCACCAUUACAUUCUCGCCAUUCUCCUCAUGCCUGGAACGGCCCUCCCGACACGACCCUCUUUGAUCUACCAGGGGUUGCUUCUGGGUCUCUUCAUCAAUGGUGUUGCCCGGUGGGGGUUCGCGUCGAUCAUCGAAACGCCCGCGGCUCUGGGCGAGCAAGCCCCGGGCCCCGGUGGAGCGCACGGGUGGUGGGGCGGCACCUUCCCCAACAUCAGCGAUUCCUCCGUGUCCAUUUCGCUGCCGGGCACGAGCUCUCAUGAGGCUCAUCAUGGCAACGGCAACAUCACUUUCACUCUGUGGGAGAGACAACGCAUGGCCAAAUUGGGCGUGGAUGGAAUCUCGGUCCUAGUCAAUGACGUCGAACGCUGGCGCGGGUACCUUGACGAGGACAAGCUUGGCGAAUUCAUCUGGCAUAGACAUGGACAUAGCGGACUCGAGUUGCUACACAGACCGACCAUUGAGAGUGAUUCGAUGGACAUGGAGAACUUUAGUGAGGAUGAAGAUUCCAAGCCAGAAGAUCUUUUCUUCCGCUUUGCGUUCCUCAAGGGAGCGGAAGCCGGCAAGUACGGCGGGGCUGGAGUCUGGCUGCAAGAUGGGCGCUGGAUCUCUCCGCCAGCCCCGAAGUCCUAGAUUAGGGGUUAUUGCAUAGAGGCUCUUCGAGCUGGUGUUGGUGGAGUAUGCAUCUGUGCUUUUGAUUAAUGAUAGCCUCCGCCUGUUCGGGGAUGGUAUCUCUGCAUGCUUUGAUAGUAGAUGGUAAAUAGAACUACACAGAUAUAUAUGAGGUUAUAAAACUACAUUCCCG